AGGAUUCCUUCAAUGCAAUAAAAUUGAUUUUCAAAUAAGGAAAUUUGAUUUGAUUUUUAUGAGAUAUAUUGCAACGUAGAAUGACUUGGGGACACAGACUAACUGAAAAUGCCAAUAUUACUGAUACAUACAUACAAUACAUUUAAAGAAGAAAAAAAACAUUUUUGAAAAUUACCGAAUUAAACAUAAUUAUUUGUAUUAUUAUUUAUGUUGUAGGAGAUAAAAAGACUCAAGGAAGAAGAUUCUCCUCAACAAAAACAGUUAGAAUUUCAAAAGGCUAAAUCAGAAUGGCGGAAAAAGCUGAUUGAACAGUAUCACAAAACCCUGCUGCAAGUUCCUACAACACCUUUACAACCAAAAAGUGAAAAAUGUAGCUUUAAUGAGAUUUAUAUUAGGCCCAAAAUAACGAGGGAAAUAAAAGGAGAAAAGGGGGAGACAAAGGAAGUGAGGGUUAAUACAAUGUCAAAAAUCUUCACAAAGAACGGAGUCCCCCAAAAAUCUGUAUAUGUUCUAGGAGAUGCAGGGUCAGGAAAAACUAGUUUUUGUAAAUAUCUGGUGAACUGUUGGUGUUUGUCACACAGUGAAGAACAUGGAGCUGACAUUGAAGAUGGCAAUGAAAAUGAAGAAGGCAGUAGUAAACCUGAAGGCGACAGUGAAAAACAUGGAGGUGAUGGUGAAAAACAUGGAGCUGGCAAUGAAAAUGCAGGUGGCAGUAGUAAACCUGAAGGUGACAGUGAAAAACAUGGAGGUGAUGAUGAAAAACAUGAAGCUGGAGGUGUCAAUGACAAUGAAGGUGGUACUGAGAAACAAGGAGGUGAUUUUGAAGAAUAUGAAAAAAAGGGCUGUGACAUUGUAAAUGAAGAGGUAAAGGGGACACAUAGUAGAGACAUUGAAAACAAAGAGUGCAGUAAGACACAUCAAGAUCUUAACGAGAAACCUGGAGAUGAAAAACAUGUGGGUGGCAUUAAGAAAAAUGGAAGUGACAGUGAUGUCAUUCAGGAUAACAGUUUUGACUUAAUACACUCCGAAUCCCACAAUGGUGACUCUGAUAUCUUAUAUAACUCUGAAUCCCAUAGUGACAACUCUGAUGGUGACUUAAUACACUCCGAAUCCGAUAGUGACGACUCUGAUGGUGACUUAAUACACUCUGAAUCCGAUAGUGACGACUCUGAUGGUGACUUAAUACACUCCGAAUCCCAUAGUGACAACUCUGAUACUGACUUUGAAUUUGACAGUGAUGACUCUUAUACUAACUUAACUGACUCUGAAUUUAACAUUUAUGACUCUGAAUAUGAUAGCAAAAAUUAUGAACUUAAAUUCAAUGGUGUAAAAGAGAUGAAGAAAUUUGAUUUUGUAUUUUACAUCCCUCUUAGACAGUAUAAUCAAAACAUUGGCAUUGAUGAAAUGCUUCUAAAACGUUAUCAAAUGAAAAUGUUAAACACACUUCUUGAAGAGGAAUCCUCUAGAGUUAUGAUUUUGCUUGAUGGCUUAGAUGAAUGGUCUUCUGAAAAUGUCCCAGAACAUAGCAUCUUUAAGGAGUACACAAUAGUAACAACUUCAAGGCCAUGGAAAUUUCAUACAUUAAGAUCAAGUGAUGUGGAGAUUGAACAAUCACUGAAACUGAAAGGGUUUGAUCUAAGAUGUGAAAGGGAAAUGGUAGAUAGAACAGUCUCACAAUUAAAUGUAAGCAGACAUGCCAAUAAAGAAGCUAGAGAAUGUAGGGAAAAUCUAGAAGAAAAGUCUCUGGAAAGUUUAAAAAAGGUACCAAUUAUGCUACACCAACUGAUAUGUCUAUGGUUUGAUGGUAAACUCGAUAAAACCUCAAGAUGUGCCAUCUACACCGGUAUGUUAGAAUUAUUCUUCACAUGGAAUGACAUGAAAACUACAGGAACAAGUACUCGACUCAUGAAGGGGACCCAGAAAGUAGAUCUUCCUAAAUAUUUAGCUGAUAAAACCAAAUUAAGAUUAAAUCGCCAUUUCAUUUAUGAAGUGUCACAGUUGGCUUAUGAGACACUAUUUAAUUGUCCGAAGGAUAAAUCUUUGACAUUUGACAUUUGUAUGUUUGAUGAACUCGAAAUAUCAGAUGAAGUAAGAGAAAAUUCCUUGAAACUUGGAAUAAUGACAGAAGAUGAAUGUCCAAGUUUAUCUGUAUCAGAACCACCAAGCUCAUUGUUCUCUUUUAUUCACAAAUCAAUGCAAGAAUUUCUGGCUGCAGUGAAUAUUUGUAUCAAUUUCAAUGCAAAAAUGUGUUCAUCAGAUAGUGCAGGAAAUAAUGAAUUAGCCAAGAAGUUUAUUAAUGAGGUUUUUCAGAAAUGUUCAACAGUCAAUGACAUAUUAGAGCAGUCAAAUGUAAUUAUUAUGCUAUGUGGUCUAGAUCCAAGAUUAGCAACACAUGUUUCAAAAUACAUAUAUGAUACUGUGUCAAAAGACUCUCGUGUUCAGGAAUACAGGAGAACAAUAAAUAGUAGAAUUUAUGACGACCAUAGUUGUAUUACUGAUAUUCAAAAGCUUAUGUUUGACUCAAUGGAAGAAUUCAAUGCAGCAUGUAGUAUAGGAAGUAAUACUGUGUUUUAUAUAGGAGAUUUGGUCAUUGAUAGAUGGGAUCAGUCUUGUGAUAUUGUUUGUUCAGGUAUUGAUCAGAAACACAUUGUUCCUGACACUGUUCUGUCUAUUUAUGUAGGUUACAUCAGCACACAAAAUGUUCUGUCUAUUUAUGUAGGUUACAUCAGCACACAAAAUGUUAAAUUAACAAAAUAUUUACCAAUGUUUCAUCAUCUUGAAAAAAUUGAAAUAAGAUAUGCAUCUGUAUCACAAAUGAUAUCAAGUACACAGAGUAAUGAACCGACGAUUAAUGAGAUGAACAAUUGUGUUUGUGAGACAAUUAAAGUAAAUACUUCAACAUUAAAAUCUCUGUCUCUGUCUCUUGAUGACUCUUACACUGACAAGUAUUACCCAGUGUUUAAAACAGUUGUUAGUAACCUACCUAGUAUGAACAAUCUUGUAGCAAUAAGUAAUAUGAGUAGUAUGUUUGAUAUAACAAUGAGUCAUGAUGAUACUACUACAUUUUGUAAUUUUCUUGAGGGAACAAGUCAUCUUGAACAAAUACAUCUUUAUAAAGUUAAAUGUGAGUGUAUGAAGCAGCAUGAUGUAAAUUUAUCAAAACAUCAACAACUUCAGUACCUUCAUUUGUAUAAGACUGUUAGUGUGAUAGAUGCUGAUACUACAAACCUUGAAAUAUUUACAUUUUGUAAAUUGAAAAAUGGUAAUUAUGAGAAAAUAUUUGAUAUUAUUAGAAAAUCUAACAAAUUAAAAGAACUCAAAUUGUAUGAAGAUUAUUACAAUAAAUCUCAAUUAUAUCAUACCAACAUAACAAAGAGACUAGUCACAGUAUUACCAUUGUUACACAAUCUCAGUAAGCUUGAGUUAUGGUAUUGUAGGUUUACUGACAAUAUAACACAAUUACCUUCAGAGAUGAAGAGUUUAAAGUACAUUAUGCUUCAAAAUGUCAUAAUGAGUUUGACAACAUGGCAGAAGUUUAUUGAUAGUCUUCCUGGUAUUCCUCAUACUGUAGAUGUGAGAGUAUUUAACUGUUAUAUAACAGGAGAUGGUGAGGAGUUUAAUGAUGGUAUGUUUACAUUGACAUUACAAGGACUUAGAGGAGGGAAGGGAAAUGUUGCUAUACAGUAUGUAAAAGAUCAGGAUCAGUUAUUUCAUGUUAAACAGGAUGAUACUAUUUGGUUUGUAUUUUCAACAAAAAAGUAAACUUGUAGUAAACAUAAAUUAUUGCAUGUUAAAAGAGAUGAUUUGUUUGAAUUUUCAACAAAAAGGGGAUAAAAGUAUCAAUUUAGAAUACAUGAAGUGUUAAACUAAAUUAUUAAAAGAGAUGAUAAUUUGGUUUUUCAUUUUCAACAAAAAAAUGAUCUGAAUUUUUAACAUAGUGAGAUAGAAUACAUGCAGUUAACAUAGUGCUUAAUCUAAAUUAUUUCAUGAUAAAAGACAUAAUUAUUAAAAUAAACAUUAUCAGCAAAAAUAAUAUAUAAAAGUUACAUAUUGAUAUGUUAAAUAAUAAAUGUAAUUCAAUAUGAUAAAUAACAAUCAUCAAAAACAGUUCAUUAAAUAUCAAUUUCUGAUCAUUGUAGUAAUAUUGAAAUUGAUGAAAGUAAUAUUCAAAUGUGUAUUUAAAUAAAUAAA